AUGCAGAUCAAAGGUGUUGUCUCUACGGGGUCUGCCCUCACCAAAGCCGGCUUCCUGGUCUUUGGACCGGUGGGCUUCAUAGCCCCAAUUGGGGUCGCCUCGAGUGCACCAGGCAUCGAGGGAAUACGCAUCAACACCACAUCACUAUAUAAGCAGAUGGGCGUGUCGACGGAAUACGCAGGGGAGGGAGCCCGUGGCGUCCCUUCCCCUGGAGGAGCAGAAACGGUGUAG